AUGCACGAGAUCCACGGCGCCUGCCUGGCCCUUGUCAAGGCGGCACCGGAGGCGCGGCCCGCUAUGCUGGACAGUCUUGCGUCCUCCGUGGAAGUCAUUUGGACUGUUGCGAGGCGGCACCUCACGGAGGAGGAGCGCGCGCAGUCCGCAACGAGAUUUAAAAUGUACACGGAGGCUUUCUUGGCGAUGCUGCAGGGGUGCGUCAGGGGUGCUGCCGAUGGUGGGGCCGCGGUGCUCUGUCGGUCUCUGCAGCGCCUCCUGGAGGAGCAGGGCUUCCCGGAGGCCGAGUUCGGCCCGCUGGCGAGCUACUUGGGCGAGGUGCUCCUCGAGGAGGACGUGCAGGGCUACUCGUACAGUGAGCGAGCGUCGCUCGUGAUGCCGAUGCCGGCGCGCUACGAGGGCGACAAGCGCUCGGUGGAGGAAGGCUCGUGCAAGCGUGCCGGGUUCGAGGUGGUGCUGCCCCGAUUCCACCCACAUACCGAGGUGAACACAGUGAUCCAGCUUUCGGAGCCGAAGAAACGCAAACCAGCGCUGGACGAGUACCGCAUCUUUUCCUUGCCCAAGAAGGCGGCCACCUUCGCAGCGGACGACUUCAUGGUGGAUGAUGAGCUACUGCACCGCGCGUAUGUGGUGCUCACAACGCACCUGGAUGCGUACGGCUCCCUCAAAGGCCUCUCCCCCUACGCGCGCCUUCUUCUGUGGAACUUGCUCGACCGCAACGACGUUCUGUUCAGCACCUUGUACGACCAGCGUGUCACAUCUGAGUCAAUGCGGCAGCAGCUGCUGAGGCUGCGCGAGCUGCUGGCAGUGCACAAGCAGGCGUUCGAGGAGACCCGCGCGGCGGCACGGCAGAUGGCGUCGCUGGUAGGUUGGUACGCAGCGAGCGCGCAGUGGCGCGAUCAGGCUUUGAGUAAGCUCGACGAGGUGGAGGAGUUUGAUUGGUACUUGCUUGCGGAUGUGUACCGCAGUGGCGGCAGAGCCAUCUUCCCAAACUACGCGAGGAGCAACGCUGUGGUUCACCUGGCGUUGGGUGUGGUGCGAAAGCUAGACAAGAUCCAUGGCCAUGAGCUGGACGGAGCGCCGCCCAUGUACACCGUCGUUUCAAAGCUUCUUCUUCCACUUCUGAUGGGUGAGGCGCCGGAGCUAGGCCAGUACUGCUUCGGUCAUGGGGCCUUUGACGCCGACAGCUCGCACUGGCAGCGGCAGCGCCGAAAGCUGAAGACACUGAUGGACGAGCUAGCGAAAACAGUGACGUCAUCAGCGCCACAGGCGUCGCCAUCGUCUCACUCCAGUGUGUGCACGUACCUGUGCGCAUCGCUCAUCUUCCCACUGCAGUGUCUCGGGGAGCUCCUGGAGUUGUGCUCACUCGUCAUGUUCUCUCUGAUGGGCGUCGACGCCUUUACGCGCAGCUUCUUGGCCACUAACUGGGAAGAGGAGGACGAUAUCCUUGCCUACUUGCUACGACGGGAGCCGGCCAACCCGUCACUGGUACCGCUGGUGGGCAUUCCUCGCAUCUACAAGGACAUGGUGACGUCUGUUCAGCUGCUAAUGGCGGACAAGAUGGUGCCCUACGUGGUGGAGGCGCGUCGACUGGCAGGCGAGCACGCGCGGGUUUCGCUCCGACACAAAAGUUACCCCUACUGGAGGGCGCUGUGUACGAUGUUCAUCGAGGAGGACCGCUUCGACGACCUUAGCGCACUGCAGGUGAGAACGAAGGAGGACCCGACGUGUCUCUACACCGCAGCCGGCUUUGAGGUGACUCCAAAAGUUUGGCUUGAGGAUUUGGUGGAGCUGCGUGAGGAGGAGGAGCGUUGCCGCUGUGGUACAGACUGA